GCUGCAAGGGGUUUCGUACCUAAAUUUCAAGUGCUGUAUCUUUAUUAUUGGAAUUAAAAGUAAUUCAAGCAAUUAUGUACUCAUUAAAGCCGAUUUUAACACAACAAAACAUUGAUUUGCCAUCGUGCAUGUAUAAAAUGAAGCCGGUGAAUUCAAAUAUCAUUGAGAAUUCAUGUAAUUCUAAAAAUAACUCUGAAAAAUCAGAAGUUGAGCUUCUUGAAGAUAGGCAGAAUAGAAUCCUUCAAAAACUCGACGAAUUAAAGCAGACAUUACUCUCAAUGAGAGGGGAUUUAAAUGUUUGUAGUAAGCCAGCUCAACAGAACAUCCAGAACCAACAACAACAAAAAGCCGCAAAAGUGAAAAUCCAGAGAAAACCAAUUGACGUCAAUAAUCUUGCAGAAAUAGUUGUGAAUGUUCAUCCUAAAAACAUCCCUUACAGCAUCCUUGCAUUUAGAAAUUUGUUCAAGGACAGACUCUUUUUGGACGUAGAAGUUUUUACUCAUUCGAGCAUCUCUAAUGCUGAUUUUAAUGAUCUUACAAGAGAUUUUACUGACAAGAUCACAAAGAAAUUAGACUAUGUAGAAAAAUUGCCAGCCUUAAAAGUGACAAUAAUCUGGAAGGAUGUUGAAACAACACAGUUCAUAUCAAGUCCUUCAAAAUUCAUACCUGUUUAUGGAGAAAUCAACAUUAUCAGGUACUUGAAUCGUGUUGGACCUAGUGAGCAUUACUACGAAACUGAUCACUUCCAAGCUAAUUAUCAUGAUCAAGUGCUGGAUGUUUGUUAUCAACUGUCAAAGAAGCACUCGGAUAAGGAACGUCAACAAUACAUCCAACACCUCAGUCAACGACUAGGCAAGGAUCAAUUUUACAACAGUGCAUCAUCACUCUCAAUUUCUGAUAUUGCUGUUAGCAGCAUCUUGAAGAAACUUUAUGCCAAUGACUUUAAAAGAAUGCCAGCUAAUUUGUCAAAUUGGCUGAACAAGAUUUCUCCUUUUGCUGGCUAUUAAAAACUUAUUUUGUUGAAUUAAAAGAUACUUUGGGAAAAAUUUAA